UCGCUCGAGGAACGACGACCGGCAAUCGUUACUUCUCACCAAAAUGGCGCCGCGCAUCUAGCGGUCGAGUGUGUCUUUCUUCUAUUUUAUCCGGCCGGCUUCGCUUCGGGCUCGUUUGAGCCAAAGUUCGCAAAUUCAAACCGAAGUCAUGAUGGCGAAUAUAGCCCUGAGGACCAUUCUAAGGUCUUCGGUGGUCGCUUUGCGGGGAAGCGCCGCACCCCCGCGGACUGGCUGCUCGGCGUUGCUUUCGCCACACAAAGUCAGCGGCGGAAGCGUCGGCCCUCCGGCAGCGGUCCGACAUUACGCUCGCCUUUCCAAGAGAAAGGAGGCAGGUCCUGAGAGCCAACUGGCCGACCUCCCCCCGACCUCGCUGAAGAUGGAUUACGCCGCUGUACCGCUCGCUCAAACGACGGACGAUGUUGUCAAAAGACUCCUUUCGCUGGAGUUGGCGAGUCACAGUGAAAAGCUGGCGCUAAAAAGGGAGCAGCUGAUCGCCAAGGUGCAACGAGAUGAAGGCGACCGCAAUUCGGUGGAAGUUCGAGUGGCCAUUUUGACGGCGAGGAUCCGCAACUUUCAGGAGCACUUGCUCAAACAUCACAAGGACAAGGCCAACAAGAGACGCAUGCUCAUGGCCAUAGACAAGAGGAAGAAGCUGCUGAAGGCUCUGCGGCUGGAGCGCUACGAGGCCUUUGAGAAGGUGUGCCAGCGUCUGGGCAUCAGCUACACCUUCCCGCCCGAGUACUACAGGAGGGCCACGCGACGCUGGCUGGCCAAAAAGGCCUUCUGCCUCAAGGUCUUCAAGGAGGUGCAGAAGCAGAAAGCCGAGCAGAAGCUGAAACUGCGGCCAAGCGCCGAGGCGGCCCAGCCGCCAACUGCCAAUCGGUAGACGCCGAAGCUCACGCCGGCCAACGGCAACGUUUUUCUUGUUUUCUUCUGCGACCCCCCCGUCUGUGUCCCGCCUAGAGCCCCGGGGGGCCGUUUGCGGCCCACUCUCCGUCUUUGGGGCGGCCCGUCCCGCGGAUGCCGAAAGCCACGCUUGAAGAAAUGAAAGACAUUUUGCAGGCUCUGGCUGCGUGGCACAAUCAUGAGGUCCGUCGGCACAAAAUGUCCGUUUUCGACUCGGCUCGUUAACUCGACAACACAAUAAAACGAGUCAUCGGCAUCAAA